ACCCAACCUAACCUAACACGAUAAUAAUAGCCUUUAAGGUCUCUCUCCAAACGUUUCUAACAAUUUGUCACAAUUUUAAAAAUGAGCACCGCCAACUAAUCGGUGGACAAUAACGUUUAUCUAGAUGAGCUAGUCCGGAAACUAGCUUCGUAAACAAACCUCGCUUAAUGUAUCGUCCUCUGAGAUUGAAAUGGGCGGAAAAAGGCGUAGAAAUGCUCCCAGGAGACGGCUAAUCCCCGACCUGGCCUUGCCCGCUGAUCAUGUGUCUGUGCAGCAUUUUGCAGAUGCCAAACCCGACAUGAGGGGCAAAUCUCGCGUGUCCAAAUCCCUCUUGUCGGCCUCUUCAGUCCGUGGACUGGAAAAGCUGAAUCAAAGUGGUGCAAUCUUAGAAGAACACUCGAGCCUGCCCGACGAUUGGGAGGAGCCACUCCACGAUUACACUGUGGACAAAAUGAAGGGUAUGGUCUACGACGUGUUCCCCUCCGAUUUCUGGGAUGUUUUAAGUCGCCAUAUCGAACCCCCAGAAGUGCAGACUUUUAGCCUCAUCAAUCGAUACACGUGGGCCAUCGUCCGCACGGCGGGAUUCUGGGCACAGCUUUUCCGGCGCUAUUACCGUCCAGAUGCGCAUCUGCCGGAAGAAUUGGACCCUACCGACAUGCGCCGCUUACGAGGUUUGAAAUCCCGUGUGAUUCGAAGCCUCUUCUAUUUGUACAAACCGUACCUCACGGCCCCUAGAAAGAAAAUCCAAGAACCCUACCUCAUCAAAGGAUACAUCUGUCAAAAAUGGUGGUUGAAUCAGAUCAAUGGCAAGGGCUUCCAAUUCUUCUUCAAGUUCCAGAAACAGAGAAAAUCUCAAUUGAAUAAAUGGGGCCAACGACCAAAAGUUCCGGCUGUUAAGUUUGAUCAAGACCAGGUAGAAGAUCAGGAAGUCUAUUUGGGCGAUGGUUCACGGAACAUGUCUUAUUGUGAUAUCUUCCAUAAUCCGGAAGACUCCUGCGUUUUACUGGAGAUUCGAACUAACGGCUUUUGCCAUGUGCCUUAUACAAUAUUGGGUUCAAAACUGAUCGAUAUCAGUGUGAAUGUGUGCGGGGCAGGAUUUCAGUUUCAAAAGCUAGCCAUGAGUUUUGUUCCGGCACACCAGUAUUCAAUCAAUUGUGAUAAUCUAACCAGUGUGAUAUUGAACGGUGUGGCAGCCUUUAGAUUGGUGAAUUGGUACGAACCAACGUACAUGCAAAUUGUCAAGUCAUAAAUAUGUUGAAAUAUAGCCACAUUCACGGGAACCAAUUAACAAAUGCUAACAAGAGUUUUAAUUUUAAUUGUA